AUGAAAGAAUACCCUGAGGCUUCACUCAAGGGAAGUGGAGCAUUUAUGAUGAAUAAUUACUACAUGGACCCUAGUGAUCCUAGUUAUGAUAUUUGUCAGAGGGUGAUUAGAGACAUGACUCAAUAUGGUGUUUGUGUUUUGGACAAUUUCCUUGGUAAAGAACGGGGACUACUUGUGUUAAAUGAAGUCCUUGAGAUGUAUAGAUCAGGCAUAUUCACAGCCGGCCAGCUGGUCUCCAACCCAGCUAGCACGGAGGCGCAGACCAUUCGCAGCGAUCGCAUCACGUGGAUCGACGGCAAGGAGCCGCACUGCUUCUAUAUCAGGCAACUGAUCGCCCAGGUGGACAACAUUAUUCUGAAGGCGAACAAAAUGGCAAACAACGGAAAGAUGGGUGACUACAUCAUAAACGGAAGGACGAAGGCGAUGGUGGCCUGCUACCCCGGCUCGGGCAGCCACUACGUGAAGCACGUGGACAACCCCAAUAAGGACGGGCGCUGCAUCACCGCCAUCUACUACCUGAACCUCGACUGGGACGUGAAGCGGUGCGGCGGACUCUUGAGGGUGUUCCCCGAGGGCACGAACCAGGUGGCCGACAUUGCGCCCAUAUUCGACCGCAUGCUGUUCUUCUGGUCCGACCGGCGGAACCCGCACGAGGUGCAGCCCGCCUACAGCACAAGAUACGCAAUCACAUUGUGGUACUUCGAUGCGCAAGAGAGAGAGGAGGCGCUCAGACAUUUCAAGGAACGCGGUCAGCCGUCUUCGAGCAAG